AUGUCCAGCACCAAGCUUACUGGUGCCACGAUUGCGGAGCACAACUCUCGAGACUCCUGCUGGGUCAUCGUACACGGAAAAGCCUACGAUGUCACGGAUUUUCUCAAUGAACAUCCGGGUGGGUCGAGAAUAAUCCUCAGAUACGCAGGAAAAGACGCAACAGAUGCAUUCGACCCUGUCCACCCCCCAGAUACCCUGAACAUUUAUCUUGACCCUUCUAAACAUUUGGGUUAUGUUGAUAUGGAGACCAUCCAGAAGGAAGAGUCAGAUGACCCCGAGAAAGCGCUCAUUGAGCACCGAAUCAAGCAGAUGCCUCCCUUGGAGGCCUGUUACAAUCUCAUGGAUUUCGAAACUGUGGCACGGGAGGUUAUGCGAAAGACUUCAUGGGCAUACUACUCAAGCGGAGCAGAUGAUGAGAUAACAAUGCGCGAGAAUCAUUCAGCAUUUCACAAAGUUUGGUUCAGACCCCGUGUGCUAGUGGAUGUUGAAUCGGUUGAUAUGUCGACUACUAUGCUUGGUACCAAAGUUUCUAUCCCGUUCUAUGUCACGGCAACAGCACUCGGCAAAUUGGGUCAUCCAGAAGGCGAAGUGGUCCUCACAAAGGCUGCCUAUGACCACGAUGUCAUCCACCUGGAUAUCACUGAGCGAAUUGUGAGGCACGCAGAACAACGCGGUUGCAAGGCUGUAUUUAUCACCGUCGAUGCCCCGCAGCUCGGUCGACGCGAGAAAGACAUGCGCUCAAAGUUCUCUGAUGUUGAAUCCGACGUUCAGGCCUCGGGCGGGUCGUCGGUGGAUAGAUCGCAAGGAGCUGCUCGUGCGAUUUCGUCUUUUAUCGAUCCUAGCCUUUCAUGGAAGGACAUUCCUUGGUUCAAAUCUAUCACCAAAAUGCCUAUCAUACUCAAGGGUGUCCAGUGUGUUGACGAUGUCCUGCGGGCUAUUGAUAUUGGUGUCGACAGCGUUGUGAUCUCGAACCACGGAGGUCGACAGCUUGAUACAACCCCUUCGGCAAUUGAAAUUCUGGCAGAGGUAGCUCCUAUCCUGCGAGCUCGGGGACUAGAGGGUCAAAUCGAGAUCUACAUUGAUGGAGGCAUUCGCCGAGCUACCGACAUAAUCAAGGCACUUUGUCUUGGAGCAAAGGGUGUUGGUAUUGGACGCCCCUUUCUCUAUGCGAUGUCUGCGUACGGCGCCAAGGGUGUCAGCCACGCUAUGCAGCUACUGAAAGACGAAAUGGAGAUGAAUAUGCGGCUUAUCGGGGCUGCAUGCAUCAAGGAUUUGAAUCCAUCUCUUGUAGAUACGCGAGGGCUUCUAUCAGGUCACUCAGGUAGUGUACCGGUUGACAGUCUUUCUUUGCGCGCCUAUGACUCGCUUCAAGGGCCACGAUUCGGUGACAAGUCCAAACUCUAG